AUGGGGAAAAUGCAGCAGCCCUCCCCGCUCGCCCCUGCCCCGCGAAGCCUCGGGGCAGCCGGGGACUGGGGCGGCGUGGACCCGAGGGGCGCCGGAGCCGCGGGCGCCGCUGCGCUGGAAGAGCCCGGGGCUGCCGGCCAGAGGGACAAAGACGAGGCGCUGGAGGAGAAGCUGCGGAACUUAACUUUCCGGAAGCAGGUCUCUUACAGGAAAGCAAUCUCCCGGGCAGGCCUCCAGCACCUGGCUCCUGCACAUCCUCUCAGCCUUCCUGUGGCAAAUGGUCCAGCCAAGGAGCCCAGAGCUACUCUGGACUGGAGUGAGAACGCCAUCAAUGGGGAGCAUCUGUGGCUGGAGACCAACGUCUCAGGCGACCUCUGCUACCUAGGAGAGGAGAACUGCCAAGUCCGAUUUGCAAAAUCGGCUCUCAGGAGGAAGUGUGCAGUCUGUAAAAUUGUGGUCCACACCGCCUGCAUUGAGCAGCUAGAAAAGAUUAAUUUCAGAUGUAAACCGACAUUUCGAGAAGGAGGCUCGAGGUCACCAAGAGAAAAUUUUGUCCGUCACCACUGGGUGCACCGACGUCGGCAGGAGGGGAAAUGUAAGCAGUGUGGUAAGGGUUUCCAGCAAAAGUUCUCCUUCCACAGUAAAGAGAUCGUGGCCAUCAGCUGUUCCUGGUGCAAGCAGGCGUUUCACAAUAAGGUGACCUGCUUCAUGCUGCAUCACAUAGAAGAACCCUGCUCCCUGGGGGCCCACGCUGCUGUUAUUGUCCCGCCCACCUGGAUCAUUAAGGUGAAGAAACCUCAGAACUCCCUGAAGGCCUCUAAUCGGAAGAAGAAGAGAACCAGCUUUAAAAGGAAAGCCAGCAAAAGGGGGACGGAACAGGAAAACAAAGGGCGCCCUUUUGUGAUAAAGCCUAUUUCCUCUCCUCUCAUGAAACCUUUGCUUGUGUUUGUGAACCCCAAGAGCGGAGGGAACCAGGGAACCAAAGUCCUACAGAUGUUCAUGUGGUACUUGAACCCACGCCAAGUCUUUGAUCUUUCUCAGGAAGGGCCAAAAGAUGCGCUUGAGUUGUAUAGGAAAGUCCCAAAUCUACGAAUUCUAGCCUGUGGUGGCGAUGGAACGGUGGGCUGGAUCCUCUCCAUCCUGGAUGAGCUGCAGCUGAGCCCACAGCCUCCCGUGGGGGUCCUGCCGCUGGGGACUGGGAAUGACUUGGCUCGAACUCUCAACUGGGGAGGGGGCUACACUGAUGAACCUGUUUCUAAGAUCCUUUGUCAGGUAGAAGAUGGGACCAUUGUACAACUAGAUCGAUGGAACCUCCAUGUGGAAAGAAACCCAGAUUUGCCCCCUGAAGAACUUGAAGAUGGCGUGUGUAAGCUUCCUUUGAAUGUUUUCAAUAAUUACUUCAGCCUUGGAUUUGAUGCUCACGUCACACUGGAGUUCCAUGAGUCCAGAGAAGCAAAUCCAGAGAAAUUCAAUAGUCGCUUUCGAAAUAAAAUGUUCUAUGCAGGGGCGGCCUUUUCUGAUUUCCUGCAGAGAAGUUCUAGAGAUCUAUCCAAACAUGUUAAAGUUGUUUGCGAUGGGACAGAUCUCACCCCAAAGAUUCAGGAACUGAAGUUCCAGUGUAUAGUAUUUUUAAAUAUACCCAGAUAUUGUGCGGGCACAAUGCCCUGGGGAAACCCGGGAGAUCACCAUGAUUUUGAACCUCAGAGACAUGAUGAUGGAUACAUUGAAGUCAUUGGCUUCACCAUGGCCUCUUUGGCCGCCCUGCAAGUCGGGGGCCAUGGGGAAAGACUCCAUCAGUGUCGAGAAGUGAUGCUAUUGACGUACAAGUCCAUCCCCAUGCAAGUGGAUGGGGAGCCAUGUAGGCUGGCGCCCGCUAUGAUUCGAAUCUCCUUGAGGAAUCAGGCGAACAUGGUACAGAAGAGCAAGAGGAGGACUUCCAUGCCCUUACUUAACGAUAUCCACCAGGUGCAAGCGGCCGACCUGCGGCGCGUGUCUGCUCCGCCCGGUUCCUUCACCAUUCCCCAGUCUGUCCCAGAUCGCCUGAGGAUCCGGGUGAACAAAAUCAGUUUACAAGACUAUGAAGGAUUCCACUACGACAAGGAGAAACUUCGGGAAGCUUCCAUUCCAUUAGGUAUUCUCGUUGUGCGUGGAGACUGUGAUUUGGAGACUUGCCGUAUGUACAUAGACCGUUUACAGGAGGACUUGCAAUCAGUUUCUUCUGGCUCCCAGAGAGUUCAUUACCAGGACCAUGAAACCUCCUUCCCCAGGGCACUCUCAGCUCAAAGGCUGUCUCCUCGGUGGUGCUUCCUAGAUGCAACUUCAGCUGACCGCUUUUAUCGGAUAGAUAGAUCUCAGGAACAUUUGCACUUUGUGAUGGAGAUUUCCCAAGAUGAGAUUUUUAUUCUCGACCCAGAUAUGGUAGUGUCGCAGCAGGCGGGGACACCGCCCGGCAUGCCGGAUCUGGUGGUGGAGCAGGCCUCGGGGCUGACAGACUGGUGGAAUCCUACCCUGCGGAAGCGCAUGCUGAGUGACAGUGGGCUGGGAAUGAUCCCUCCCCACUACGAGGACUCAGACAUGAAGGACCUCAGCCACUCUCGUGGCCUGCAAUCACCAGUCUCUUCAGAAGAUCAUGCAAUUUUACAGGCAGUUGUAGCUGGUGACCUUAUGAAGCUAAUGGAAAGCUAUAAAAAUGGAGGCAGUCUACUAAUUCAGGGACCAGACCACUGCUCACUUCUUCACUACGCAGCUAAAACUGGCAACGGGGAGAUUGUGAAAUAUAUCCUUGACCACGGCCCUUCAGAGUUAUUGGAUAUGGCAGACAGCGAAACGGGUGAGACUGCACUGCACAAGGCUGCCUGCCAGCGGAACCGGGCGGUGUGCCAGCUUUUGGUGGAUGCGGGAGCAUCUCUGAGAAAGACGGACUCCAAGGGUAAGACACCUCAAGACAGAGCACAGCAGGCUGGGGACCCAGAUUUGGCAGCUUAUCUAGAAAGCCGCCAGAACUAUAAGCUCAUUGGCCAUGAGGAUCUGGAAACGGCUGUGUGACCCCCAUAGACAGGCAAGAAGAACAUGAGCAAGCAUAUCACCUGUGCCCUCCUGGCCACUGGGCAGCUCCUCUGAAGAAGCUGAUGGAAUCCAUGUAUCUGUCUCUCUCUGCAAGAAUCGAUCGGAGACCAUGCCACCCGCUGUUUAAGGGCUAUCACGAUAUACAACAGGACACGAUAGCCCAUUCAGAAGGAGGCCAGGCUACCUGGAGAUUUGUGGAGUACGAUUCCACAAAAUGUGAUCCUAUUGCUUCCAGCAAGCAGCAUGACCUUCUGUGUUCACCUGUAUAAUUUAUUUUAAUGAUUCAAAGGAUGUUCAUUUAAAUGGCACUGCUCUCUCCUCUUCCUAUGCAUUCGUCUCUCUCCCUACUACCACACAAUUCUACUGUAAUUACCCAUCAACUCAAAAAAAAAUACACAUAUUGCUCUUCUCUUUCCAAUGAGUCUUUGAAGACCACAAGGUUGUCUGGAGGUCUUUAAAAAAAAACCCUUUGGAUGUUCCACAGAAAUAUAACU